AUGAGGAAGCGCCCGGAGCCCCGUCUCGUCCGGGCUCUGUCCACCGCCUCCGCCUCGCCCGCCCACCCGCCGCUCCCAUCGCCCUCCUCGUCCUCGAAGCCGCCCCGCCCCGCGGCACCGUUCCUCGCCGUGCUCUUCCGCCGGGGCCGCGCGGACGCCGCGGCGCUCCUCAACCGCCGCCUCCGCGGGGCGUCCGUGACAGAGGCGCGCGCCCUCCUCUCCGCGCUCCCGGAAGUCCGCGACGCCGUCUCCUACAACACCGUCCUCGCUGCGCUCUGCCGCCAGCGCGGGGGCGGGGGCGGGGGCGACCACCUGCGCCAGGCGCGCUCCCUCCUCGCCGACAUGUCGCAGGAGGCGCACCCGGCCGCCCGCCCCAACGCCGUGUCCUACACCACGGUCAUGCGGGGGCUCUGCGCGUCACGCCGCACGGGGGAGGCCGUCGCGUUGCUCCGGUCCAUGCAGGCCAGCGGCGUCCGCGCCGACGUCGUCACCUACGGCACGCUCAUCCGCGGGCUCUGCGACGCCGCGGAGCUCGACGCGGCGUUGGAGCUGCUGGGUGAGAUGUGCGGGAAUGGUGUCCAGCCCAACGUGGUCGUGUACAGCUGCUUGCUUCGUGGGUACUGCAGGUCCGGCAGGUGGCGGGAUGUAGGCAAGGUGUUCGAAGAAAUGUCCCGACGGGGGAUCGAGCCAGAUGUGAUCAUGUUCACUGGUUUAAUCGAUGACUUGUGUAAAGAGGGAAGGACGGGUAAGGCUGCAAAGGUGAAGGACAUGAUGGUGCAGCGGGGGCUGGAGCCAAAUGUAGUGACAUACAAUGUGCUCAUCAAUUCCCUGAGCAAGGAAGGAUUGGUAAGGGAGGCGCUUGCAUUGUGGAAGGAGAUGGAUGACAAGGGUGUGGCACUGGAUGUUGUGACAUACAAUACCCUGAUCGCAGGGCUUUCUGGUGUGCUUGAGAUGGAUGAGGCAAUGGGUUUGCUUGAGGAGAUGAUUCAGGGAGAUACUGUAGUUGAGCCUGAUGUGGUGACUUUCAACUCAAUUAUACAUGGACUAUGUAAGAUCGGUCGGAUGAGACAAGCGGUCAAAGUUCGUGAGAUGAUGGCCGAGAGGGCUAUGUGUCAACAGGGAAUGAUGGAGCAAGCUAUGGUUCUGUUCAAUGAAAUGGAUAAGAACUGCAGACUCGAUGCUGUCGCAUAUAGCACAAUGAUCCAUGGCGCUUGCAAAUCAGGGGAUACGAAAAUGGUUAAACAGUUGAUUAAGGAUAUGCUUGAUGAGGGUCUGGCUCCUGAUGCCGUGACAUAUUCUAUGCUAAUCAACAUGUUUGCAAAAUUAGGAGACCUAGAAGAAGCUGAGAGGGUGCUUAAACAGAUGACUGCAAGUGGCUUUGUGCCUGAUGUCGCUGUAUUUGAUUCAAUGAUCAAAGGCUAUAGCGCUGAAGGCCAGAUAAACAAGGUUCUGAAAUUGAUACAUGAAAUGAGAGCCAAGAAUGUAGCUCUUGAUCCAAAAAUUAUUUCUACCAUCAUCCGCCUCCCUCAACAGAUGCUGCUGCUCUGGUCUGCAACCACCGCCUCGGUCCCUUGCAGCCAUCAGUCUUGCAAUCAGCUCCACCAUCCCUCACUCCCGCCCACCACUAUCAAGUAG